CUGGACAACGCUCGUCACGUGAAGAUCUGCACUGUGUGGUCGUCGCGAGGGCUUGGGGGAAAAAAGACCUGCAGAUACAUCAGAGAAGACACGUCUUGGGCUUCAAAAGGGAAAUAUCAAACAUGCUGCACCCACCCAGUGAAGACUUGAAAGUGAUCUGCCUGCAGACCCUGUGAACCUCUGCUCCUCUCUACUUCAACCAGCCUCCCUCCCUGGUCCUGCCAUGCUGAGUGUAGUGCUCUGCCCACGGUCAUUGGCCGUCUCUGCCCAUUACUGGCCUCUCCACAUGCUCCUGCUGGAGCUCCUCAUACUAGGAGUUCUGCCCAGCAUCUCAAGAUUACCACCUGCAGCCAAACGUGAGAUCAUCCUGGAUGGGGACUUGGUGAUUGGAGGCCUUUUCCCUGUGCACCACAAAGGAGAGGGCACAGAGGACUGUGGUAAGAUCAAUGAGGAGAGAGGGAUCCAGAGACUGGAAGCCAUGUUGCUGGCACUUGAUGAAAUUAAUUCCAGCGAUCAAAUCCUCCCUGGACUCCAGCUGGGGGCCCACAUCCUGGACACCUGCUCCAAGGACACAUACGCUCUGGAGCAGUCUCUAGAUUUUGUCAGGGCUUCGCUGACCAAGGUGCAGGAUCCAGGCUUCAUUUGCCCAGAUGGCUCUAGACCCAUCCAGAAUGAGGUUCCACUGGCCAUCUCUGGAGUCAUAGGAGGAUCUUACAGUGAUGUUUCCAUUCAGGUGGCCAACCUUCUGCGAUUGUUCCAGAUCCCUCAGAUCAGCUAUGCCUCCACCAGCUCAAAGCUCAGUGACAAGAGUCGCUAUGACUACUUUGCCCGCACUGUGCCUCCUGACUUCUACCAGGCCAAAGCUAUGGCAGAGAUCCUGCGAUUCUUCAACUGGACCUAUGUGUCAACUGUAGCAUCAGAGGGCGACUACGGUGAGACUGGCAUUGAUGCCUUCCAGCAGGAGGCCCGUACUCGCCAAAUCUGCAUUGCCACUUCAGCCAAGGUAAGCCGCUCCAUGAACCGCCAGGGUUAUGACAACGUGAUCCGCUCUCUGCAGCAGAAGUCCAACGCCAGAGUGGUCAUCUUGUUCACCGGAAGUGAAGACGCCCGUGAGCUGCUGGUGGCCGCUACUCGUAUGAACGUCACCUUCACCUGGGUGGCCAGUGACGGCUGGGGAGCACAGGAGAGUGUGGUGAGAGGGAGCGAGGCUGCAGCUGACCGGGCUUUCACCAUCGAGCUAGCUUCCUACCCAAUCAGAGAGUUUGAAGACUACUUCACCAAACUGAACCCAUACACCAACAUGAGGAACCCCUGGUUCAAAGAGUUCUGGGAGCACCGGUUUGGUUGUAGCCUGCAGGAACCAGGCUGCAGUGAGCACAGCCUACGAGAUGGAACUUUUGAGCAGGAGUCGAAGAUCAUGUUUGUGGUGAAUGCCGUCUAUGCCAUGGCCUAUGCUUUACACAACAUGAGGCAAGCUGUGUGCUCCAACACAUCAAAGGUGUGUGAAGCCAUGAAACCAGGUAAUGGCAGAAGAUUCUACAAGGAGUUCAUCUUGAAGACCAAGUUUGAAGCUCCAUUCAGACCUUUGGACACGGAAAACAUUGUCCGCUUCGACUCUUUUGGUGACAGCAUCAGCCGGUACAACAUCUUUCAUUACCACCAAGAAGACGGGAAGUUCAUCUACAGGAAAGUCGGCUACUGGGAGCAGACCCUGACCCUGAACACCUCUCUGGUACCCUGGCGAGGUCAUGUACCCCCCACCUCCCAGUGCAGUGACCCCUGCAGGAAGAAUGAGAUCAAGAGUAUGCAGCCUGGAGAUGUUUGCUGCUGGAUCUGUAUCCCUUGUCAGCCCUACCAGUACCUGCAGGAUGAGUUCACCUGCGCUGACUGCAACUUUGGUCAGUGGCCUUUGGCAAACUUGACAGGAUGUUACGAUCUGCCUGAAGAAUACAUCCGCUGGGAGGAUGCUUGGGCCAUUGGACCUGUCACCAUCUCCUGCCUUGGUAUCCUCUGCACUCUGUCAGUCAUUGGCCUGUUCUUCAAGAACAAUGAGACACCUGUUGUCAAAGCAAGUGGACGUGAACUUUCCUACAUCCUCUUGUUGGGAGUGCUAAUGUGCUACCUCAUGACCUUCAUCUACAUUGCCAAACCCUCCACUGCUGUUUGCACUCUACGACGACUAGGCUUGGGCACCUCAUUUGCAGUGUGCUACUCGGCUCUCCUAACCAAGACCAACCGAAUAGCUCGUAUCUUCAGUGGAGUGAAGGAUGGAGCCCAGCGGCCACGUUUCAUCAGCCCAGCUUCCCAGGUAGCAAUCUGCGGCGCUCUGAUCUCUUGCCAGCUGCUGGUUGCUAUUAUCUGGCUGCUGGUAGAGGUGCCAGGUGUUCGGAAGGAGGUGAGCCCGGAGAGGAGGGAUGUGGUCACCCUGAAGUGCAACAGCAAGGACUCCAGCAUGCUCAUGUCUCUCACCUACAACUGCAUCCUAAUUGUCCUCUGCACUGUCUACGCCUUCAAGACGAGAAAGUGCCCAGAAAAUUUCAACGAGGCCAAGUUCAUCGGGUUCACUAUGUACACCACCUGCAUCAUCUGGCUCGCUUUCCAGCCAAUCUUCUAUGUCACUGCUAGCGACUACAGGGUGCAGACCACCACCAUGUGCAUCUCAGUCAGUCUGAGUGGCUCUGUGGUUCUCGGCUGCCUCUUCGCCCCCAAGAUUCACAUCAUUCUGUUCCAGCCCCAGAAAAAUGUGGCCUCGCUCAGAGUCACAGCCAAUCGCUUCAGUGCCACAGUGUCUGCUUCUGCUUCUGCCCCCAGCUCCAGCUACUCCAAAGGAUCAGCCUCCAACUACGUGCCAGCAGUUUGUAACGGCCGCGAGGUGGUGGACUCGACAACAUCCUCUUUGUGAACAAGGUUUUCUCUGGAAGCACAAGAGACCAUUCCCACCAUCAGUCAUCCCUCCAUGAAACAGGCCUGUGUGUGCUGGAGUCCCCAUGCCAUCCAACAUGCUGCAGAGAGAUAACUCUGUCAGUGUAGACUGACUGACAGCAGCCAGGCUAACUCUAACUGUGAAAGCUAAAUGAUGUUCCCACAGCGAGCAGUAUGUAUCAAUUGUAAAGCCUUUUUUUGUAUAGACUUAAUAUGCUGUGAUCUCCUUGGUUUACAGAUAGAUGUGAUUAAAUGCACCGUGCCUUGUCCUAAAGAGUCUUGUUGUCAAAUGGGUGCUUGUGAAGCAAUAGUGUUAAACAAACAAACAGCUGUUCUUAUCUCGUCCUUCCAGUGCUGUGAUUAUAUCCAAAUGUUGUAGACAAUGACAUAAAAAAAUGCUGUGAAAUAAAUUUAGCCCUUAUGUUAAAUAAAAAAUGUGACUAAUUAUAGUGAAUGUGAUGAAAAGUAGACAACUAGACAAUAUAAGGGACAUGUGUUUAAUGGUAUAACAACGUGUGCUUUUCUGUAAUUAUGUAAAUAAAAUGUUUUUUAAUAUUAAAAGAUUAAAGACCCAUGUGUUUGGGUUCACACCCGCUGUUCACUCUAUUCCAACCAAGGGCAGCUUUUUAGGCUAAAACCAUUAGCAUUUCUGCACAAAAUUUGCCUUUUUAUAGGCAUGUCCAAUUUUUUUUGUUGAAUUAAAGGGUUAGUUUGAAAUUUAUUUAUUUUGAAAUGGAAUUGCAUGAGACACUUGCCAAUAGUUAGUGUAUUAGCGACCAAGGGUCCUGGUCAGUCUUGGUUAAAAAUGUUGAUACAGCUGGCCCUGUCUAUAGUGAUUGAUGGCCUAGCUUCAAUUCUGGUUGUCUGGACGCUUUCUUAACAAAGGGCUGAGCUGACUGCCAUCCCCUGUGGUUAAUACACUAUGACAUGUACCUCAUACAACCCCAUUCAAAUAUGCUGAACUCUGCCUUGAACUAUUAUGGAUUGCUUACUCUAAUGUUUUGGAGGAAACACAGUGAGAUGAUUAUCUCAAAUGUUGCAGCAUGGAUUUUACUUCUGUUCAGAUACCUGGAUUUAUAUUUGGUGCUCAUAUCUCAUACAACCUAACCUUGUCCCUCUUUAUAAAUUGAUUUUGUGUAAUUGUACAUGUACGGUGCCUGUAAGGUGUUCACCCGAGUCUCACUUUUUGAUGGAAGUUGAUGAAAACUUAGAGUUCCGCACUUUUGAGAGAUUUGAGGACAUAAUUAAAUGGGACACUCAAUAUAUUAAACAGUAAUGGUGAUAUGGUGGAAAUUUUAUUUUUCCCACUUAAAUAGUAAGCAGAGAUAAAAGAACACAAUUAUGAUAGUCAAAUAGACAGAUCUGGUAGAGCCACAGAGGACACCUCCUGUAAAACUAAGGUAAGUGCCAAGAGACUUAUACCUUAUACCUCUGAGAAAUCAUUGACAUCAGAUAAAAGCAACUGUUCUCUGGAGCUGUGCUGACCAAUUACUCUGUUAUAUGUGAUUAAAGGACACCAAAACAC